CUUUUUGCGCAACGCCCCAUACUUAAAUUAAAACAUUCGAAGUUUGUUUCCGUUAGAAUUAGGCCAGGAAGACUCUAUCAACGAAAGACAAACAGCAAACAACUGAGUAUAUUUUUAGGCCGAAAUUACAAAACAAUUCGAUAGACAUAAAUUUGACUCAGACAAUAGCCAAGCCGCGACAGAAAAUGUUCUCUAUCGACGCCUUAAUCAUUAUCACUAUCCUAAUUACCAAAGUUGCGAGUUAUGCCGACGUACCACCCCCGAAUAACGAAAAUUACACAAAAUCGGACACCGCCGAGGAAACCCAACACGCAAUUUGCAGGAUUAUCACAAAAGAAGUGCAAACGUCUGCAAACGCAACGGUUAAAAGACAGUUAAAAGGGGUCUGCACAAGCAGUCAGCUCGAGCGCAAGUUUAAACAACUCGAACGUAAACUUCUUGUGGAACUUAAACACAUAAAGGCGAUGUUAGCGGGUGAUAGAAGUGCCACAUUUAGGACAACUGACGACUAUGAAGACUAUUUCAGCUACGACGAAAAAAGCUUGAAUAAUGAGAGGGUUGAAGAAAGUGUUGUUAGCGUGACCGAGCUAAUAACCCGAGAAUCGUCUUGGGCUAGGACUGAAAUUGACCAAUUUAAUAACACUAUGUAUACUAUAAACGGGGAAAAUGUGUAUACUUACUAUUGGGCGGUGAUUGAAAUGGGGUUAAUUUUAACCAAAAGUGGCAUUCAUAUGAGAAGUGCCGAUUUCUACGUUCUUGGUCAUCAAUUAUGCCUACAGUUGUACCCCAAUCAUCAAAAUUCCGCCUACUUGGGAAUCCAAUUAAGACCCAGUAGUAACUUCAUCAAAAAGCACAGAUUCACGAUUUUGGACCAGUUUGACAGUAGCAAAGAUAUCAAGUCCCAAACUUUUGGUGGGGUUAGCAGCUAUGAAGGAGUCUACAGAGUACCCUACGCCAAAUUACAAGAGAGACACUAUCUAGACAAAGACACCUUAAUUCUCAAAUUAACGAUUUAUUUAAAUUCUUAA